AUGGGGGACCAGUACAUCGAGCCCGACACCUUCAGUGACAAGGAUUCCAGCUACCAGGGAUCGCUGGGCGAGGCCAGUUACACAACCAGUAUCACCUCGAGUGCGAUGAACUACACUUAUGAGAACGGUCGCCGAUACCAUUCGUACCACGAGGGAGAAUACGUCCUGCCCAACGAUGAACAAGAACAAGACCGACUUGACCUGAGCCACCACAUCUAUCGCAUGCUAUUGAAAGGCGAACUCUCCCUCGCACCCAUCAAGAACCCCUCGCGCGUGUUGGACAUCGGAACAGGAACGGGAAUCUGGGCGAUUGACUUUGCAGAUGAGCAUCCCGCGUCAGAAGUUAUAGGAAACGACCUCAGCCCUAUCCAGCCCUCAUGGAUACCCCCAAACUGCCGUUUCGAGGUCGACGACUUCGAGCAAGUCUGGUCCUACAACCAACCCUUCGACUUCAUCCACGGCCGCGAGCUCGAAGGUUUCAUCCGCGACCACGACCACGUCUUCCGCGAGGCCUUCCGUAACCUGAAGCCAGGAGGUUACUUUGAGAUUGCGUCGAUGGCCGUGAAUGUUUUCUCCGACGACGGUACACACCUCAAGGCCGUUAACUUGAUGGAAGGCGUCAAAAACAUCCACCUAGCGUCGACGAAGUUCGGCAAGGACAUGAACACUACGUCGACGUGGAAGAGCCGGUUAGAGCAGGCAGGGUUCGUCAAUGUCGUGGACAAGACCUACAAGCUCCCGCAAAGCCCCUGGGCCAAAGACCCCAAAAUGAAAGAACUCGGUCGCUACCACCAAGUCAACGUAUUCGAGGCCUUCCAGCCAUAUUGCUACGCACUGUUCACCCGGGUUCUCGGCUGGGAGCAAGCCGAGAUAGAGAGCCUAAUUGCAGGAAUGCGCAAGGAGUUGAAGGACUUGUCGAUCCACCCGUACACCAAUGUGCAUGUUGUUUAUGGGCAGAAGCCGCUUGAUGCGACAGCUUGA